AUGGGUCCUCCACAGAAUAAGGACAGUCACCUCACCAACAGGGAUAUAGACAAAGCAGAGAUAUUUAAUGCAUUAUUUGCCUUUCUCUUCAGCACUGAUGAUGGUCUAAGGAGGUCUCAAUGCCCAGAACUGGAGGACCAUAGCUGCAAUAAGGAUCAACUCUUAGCUGGCCCUCAACUUGUGCAGGAUCUGCUUCUACAGUUAGAUCCCUACAAGUCCACCAGGCCUGAUGGAAACUGUCCAAGAAUCCUCAAAGGCCCAUCUGAUGUCAUCACUGGGCCUCCCUCUAUGAUUUUGAGGAGAUCCAGGGAAUCUGGAGAGAACGCAGUUGACUGGAAACUGGCUAAUGUUGUUCCAAUAUUCAAGAAGGCCGUGGUCAUGCAGGAAGGGUUGGCUCACGUCUGCCUGGUCACCCCGAGCAUGACGCUUACCCGUGCCAAGGUAGAGGUGAACAUCCCCCGCAAGCGGAAAGGGAACUGCAGUCAACAUGACCGGGCCCUGGAGAGAUUUUACGAGCAGGUCGUGCAAGCCAUCCAGCGGCAUAUCAACUUCGAGGUGGUGAAGUGUGUGUUGGUGGCUAGCCCAGGCUUCGUGCGGGAGCAGUUUUGUGACUACAUGUUCCAGCAGGCGGUCAAGACUGACAACAAGCUUCUGCUGGAGAACAGGUCCAAGUUCCUACAGGUCCACUCUUCCUCGGGACAUAAAUACGCACUGAAGGAAGCCCUCUGUGACCCAGCUGUGAAUAGCCGUCUCUCUGACACUAAAGCAGCUGGUGAGGUCAAAGCCUUAGAUGACUUCUAUAAAAUGCUGCAGCAUGAGCCUGACCGGGCUUUUUAUGGUCUAAAACAUGUGGAGAAGGCCAACGAAGCCAUGGCCAUCGAUACCUUGCUGAUCAGUGAUGAGCUUUUCCGGCACCAGGACGUGGCAACACGUGCCCGAUACGUUAAAUUGGUAGAUAGUGUGCGGGAGAACAUGGGCACAGUACGCAUUUUCUCCAGCCUUCAUGUGUCUGGAGAGCAGCUUGGCCAGCUGACAGGGGUGGCAGCCAUCCUGCGCUUUCCUGUUGCUGAGCUCUCUGACCAGGAAGAUGAAUCUAGCUCUGAAGAGGAUUGAUAACCAUGACUUCAUUACACAGUUUCUUUUCCAAGUCAUGUUGAAAUGACAUUAAAGGGCUCCCUGUUUCUAAAUACUUUGUGCAGUUGUGCCAUGACAUGUAAUUUAAGUUUUUUAUAGUAUUUCUUACUGCAUAUGACUCUCUUCAGCACACUAAUGGAUAUCUCUUCUAUGGUAAUGAUUAUUGGUAUACUGUGCAUUUGAGCUAACUGGUUUUGCAAGUUACACCCUGGACCUCUGGCAGUACAGGGAAAUAAUUUGACUCCCCAAAGCAGCUCAUUCUUCAUGUUAAGGCAGAUUGUCAGCUUAAUGGCUUUCGAUGUGUAUGAUAAGAUAAUAAAAUAAGAGGGAGAAAA